GCAGGCAACGAAGGCGAGGCCAGCAAACACGAGUGGAAUAGAGACAGACACUUAUAGUGAGAGACAGACAGGUGGACAGACAGGUUUCUUACACUCUGAUGUUUAUGUGAAUAUUUUGGGAAGAUACAACAGAAACAGUUUCCUGUCCAGUCGCUCUCCGAAGGUGGGGUUCAGGCAGUGCUGCAUAAUGUCAGGAUGGCACCUAUGCUGCCCCCUCUUGGCGUGGAAGUCUUUAAACGCUUUACACCUGCUUCACUAGAGGAAAUCCAACAGCGACAUGAAGCUGAAGAGAAAGAGGAUCAGAAAAGGAAGGAAAAAAACAUUGAGGUAGCGGAGGAAGAUCUUCCUAAACCAGCAAGUGACCUUGAGGCUGGGAAAACCCUACCAUUCAUCUAUGGAGAACCCCCCGCUGGGCUCCUCAACAGCCCAUUGGAGGAUCUGGAUCCCUUCUAUCAAUCACACAAGACGUUCAUCGUGCUCAGUAGAGGAAACAUCAUCUACAGGUUUAAUGCUGAACCCGCCUGUUUCCUACUUAGUCCAUUCAGUCGUUUGAGAACCUUCGCCAUUAGGAUCCUCAUCCAUUCUUUAUUCAGCUUAUUCAUCAUGAUGACGAUUAUGACAAACUGUGCUUUCAUGACGAUGAGUGAUCCGCCGCCUUGGAGCAAGACUGUGGAAUACGUGUUUACAUUCAUCUACACGUUUGAGGCAACAAUCAAAGUUUUGUCACGAGGAUUCUGCGUCGGAGACUUCACCUUCCUCAGAGACCCCUGGAACUGGCUCGACUUCAUGGUCAUCAGCAUGGCAUAUCUGACAGAGUUCGUAGAUUUGGGAAACGUUUCUGCGUUGCGAACGUUCAGAGUUCUUCGAGCACUGAAGACCAUCACAGUCAUCCCUGGUCUAAAGACGAUUGUCGGAGCUCUCAUCCAAUCAGUGAAGAAGCUUGCUGAUGUCAUGAUCCUGACGGUGUUCUGCCUCAGUGUCUUUGCUCUGAUCGGUCUUCAGCUCUUCAUGGGAAACCUGAGACAGAAAUGUGUCCUGAUACCUCCGUUGCUUAGGAGCAACUCUUCUGAUGUUGAUCCUAAAACCUUUUACCUUGGUAACAUCACCCUCAGCAACCAAACCUGUGGCAAUGACACAGGAACCAGCUACUUUGAUUUCUAUGAGUAUAUCAACAACCCAGAAAAUCAUUACUUCCUUCCUGGAAACAUGGAUGCUCUGCUCUGUGGAAACAGUUCUGAUGCAGGGGUCUGUCCCGAGGGUUUCAUGUGUCUGAAAACGGGUAGAAAUCCAAACUACGGUUACACCAGCUAUGACUCGUUUGGUUGGGCAUUUCUGGCUCUGUUCAGACUCAUGACCCAGGACUUCUGGGAAAAUCUCUUCAUGCUGACAUUGAGAGCAGCAGGUAAAAUCUACAUGAUCUUCUUUGUGUUCGUCAUCUUCCUGGGCUCGUUUUACCUCAUUAACCUGAUCCUGGCGGUGGUUGCAAUGGCGUACGCUGAGCAGAAUAAGGCCACGCUUUCUGAGGCAAAACGCAAAGAGGAGGAGUACGCUGAGAUCGUGGAAGCGCUGAAGAAGAGAGACGAGGAGGCGGCCUGCAUUGCGGUGCUUUCAGAAUCACACAACCCAAAUGCAACGCAGAGUCAUGAUCAAGACCACACUGCCAUAGAAGAUUUUGAGGAUGACCAGAGGCCGUGUCCCGUGUGUUGGUAUGCCUUCGCUGAUGUCUUCUUGAAGUGGAACUGCUGCAGCUGCUGGAGGUGGCUGAAACAGCGGCUCCACACCAUCGUCAUGGACCCGUUUGUUGACCUCGGCAUCACCAUGUGCAUCGUUCUCAACACGGUCUUCAUGGCCUUGGAGCAUUAUCCAAUGACGGAGGAGUUUGAGGAGCUGCUGAGCAUCGGGAACCUGGUUUUCACAGGGAUCUUCACAGCUGAGAUGGUCUUCAAACUUCUGGCCAUGGACCCAUAUUACUACUUUCAGGUGGGCUGGAACAUCUUUGACAGCAUCAUUGUCACAAUGAGUCUGGCGGAGCUCGGACUGGCUGAUGUUCAGGGCCUGUCUGUGCUGCGCUCAUUCCGAUUGAUGCGAGUCUUUAAGCUGGCCAAGUCGUGGCCAACCCUCAACAUGCUGAUUAAGAUCAUCGGGAACUCUGUGGGGGCUCUGGGGAACCUGACCCUGGUUCUAGCGAUCAUUGUUUUCAUCUUUGCCGUCGUCGGUAUGCAGCUGUUUGGGAAGAACUACAAAGAUUGUGUCUGUCGCAUCGCGGAGGACUGUGAACUUCCUCGUUGGCACAUGAACGACUUUUUCCACGCAUUCCUCAUCAUCUUUAGAGUCCUGUGUGGAGAGUGGAUCGAGACCAUGUGGGACUGCAUGGAGGUCUCAGGUCAGGCCAUGUGUCUGAUUGUCUUUAUGAUGGUCAUGGUCCUCGGAAACCUAGUGGUCCUGAAUCUGUUCCUGGCCCUGCUGCUUAGCUCUUUCAGUGGAGAUAAUCUGGCAGCUCCAGAAGAUGAAGGAGAAAACAAUUUGCAGAUUGCAAUGAAUCGGAUUAACAGGGCUGUGUCCUGGACAAGGUCUAGGAUUGUGGAGCAUAUCAGGACUCUGAUGGGGAAGAAGAACCAUGAACAAGAACAAAUCGGAGUUGAUGGUGAAGAUGAUAACAAGAUCUCAAAGGAGAUUUUACCUUUAACCUCUGUGACUUCAGACCAACAACUGUCAGAGAUAAACAGCCUCAGCUGUAAUCAUGACAAUGUGAGGGUGCCCAUUGCCAAGGCAGAGUCGGAAUCUGAGACAUCUGAAAGUGAAGAUGAGGAGGGUGACGAGGAAGAGAAAGAAAACCAUUCCCAAUGUGACGAGUCAUCGUUCUGCAGCACAGUAAAGACAGUUCCGGAUAUCAAAGAGGAUGAAGAUGAUCAAGAUCAUGAGUCAAACACACCUGAGGACUGUUGUACCACCAAGUGCUAUCAUAGAUGUCCGUUCCUAGAAAUAGACCCUUCCCAGGGCAGAGGUAGGGUUUGGUCUAACUUCAGGAGAACAUGUUUCUCCAUCGUAGAACACAACUACUUUGAGACUUUCAUCAUCUUCAUGAUUCUGCUGAGCAGUGGAGCGCUGGCAUUCGAGGACAUUUACUUGGAGCAGCGUCGGGUGAUAAAGAUGGUCCUGGAAUAUGCAGACCAGGUGUUCACCUACGUGUUUGUAAUCGAGAUGUUUCUCAAGUGGAUCGCAUAUGGAUUCAAGACCUACUUUACCAACGCAUGGUGUUGGCUGGACUUCGUAAUCGUAGAUGUAUCUCUGGUAUCACUGACAGCAAACAUCCUGGGAUACUCAGACCUGGGAGCCAUUAAGUCUCUCAGGACUCUUAGAGCUCUGAGGCCCUUGAGGGCCCUGUCCCGCUUUGAGGGGAUGAGGGUGGUGGUGAAUGCUCUGGUCGGAGCGAUCCCGUCGAUCUUUAAUGUUCUUCUCGUCUGUUUGAUCUUCUGGUUAAUCUUCAGCAUCAUGGGAGUAAAUAUGUUUGCAGGAAAGUUUUAUUACUGUUUCAACGAAACUUCAUCAGAGAGGUUUCAUCCUGAUGACGUCAAUAACAAGACUGAGUGUCUCGCACUGAUCAACGCAAACUUCAAUGACGCGCGCUGGAAGAACUUAAAGGUCAACUACGACAAUGUGGGAAUGGGCUACCUGUCGCUGCUGCAAGUGGCCACAUUCAAAGGCUGGAUGGAGAUCAUGUACGCAGCAGUGGACUCCAGAGACGUGGAGUCACAGCCGAUGUACGAGGACAACCUGUACAUGUACCUGUACUUUGUCUGUUUCAUCAUCUUCGGCUCCUUCUUCACUCUCAACCUCUUCAUUGGAGUCAUCAUUGACAAUUUCAACCAGCAGAAAGCAAAGAUGGGAGGAACAGAUCUUUUCAUGACGGAAGAGCAGAAGAAAUAUUAUAAUGCCAUGAAGAAACUGGGCUCCAAGAAACCUCAAAAGCCUGUACCACGCCCCCAGAACAAGUUCCAGGGUUUGGUCUUUGACCUUGUGACAAAACAGUUUUUCGACAUCUUCAUCAUGGUGCUGAUCUGCCUCAACAUGGUGACGAUGAUGGUGGAGACGGAUGAACAGAGCGCAGGGAAAGAGAUGGUCCUGUAUUGGGUCAACCUCGUCUUCAUCAUCAUUUUCUCGACAGAGUGUUCUCUGAAGAUCAUCGCGCUCAGGCAGCACUACUUCGCUGUAGGAUGGAAUAUCUUUGACUUUGUGGUCGUCAUCUUGUCCAUCGGAGGUCUCCUCCUCGCUGACAUCAUAGAGAAGUACUUUGUCUCGCCAACGCUCUUUCGUGUCAUUCGAUUGGCUCGUAUCGGUCGAAUUCUUCGUCUCAUUCGUGGAGCGAAGGGAAUCAGGACCCUGCUCUUCGCCCUGAUGAUGUCACUUCCUGCCCUCUUCAACAUCGGUCUCCUCCUCUUCCUCAUCAUGUUCAUCUUCUCCAUAUUUGGGAUGUCCAACUUUGCAUACGUGAAGAAGGAGGGCAUGAUAGAUGACAUGUUUAACUUUGAGAACUUUGGGAACAGUAUGAUCUGUUUGUUCAUGAUCACCACGUCAGCGGGAUGGGAUGGUCUGCUGAGUCCCAUCAUGAACACACCACCGGACUGCGACCCAGACAUUGAGAACCCAGGAUCCUUGGUCCGAGGGAACUGUGGCAGCCCAGCGUUGGGUAUUGUCUUCUUCACCACAUAUAUCAUCAUGUCCUUCCUCGUGGUGGUCAACAUGUAUAUCGCCAUCAUCCUGGAGAACUUCAACGUGGCCACAGAGGAGAGCAGCGAUCCGCUGUGUGAGGACGACUUCGAGAUGUUUUAUGAAACCUGGGAGAAGUUUGAUCCCAACGCGUCACAGUUUAUUCAGUACAGUCAGCUGUCGGACUUCUGCGACAUUCUGCAGGAUCCUCUGAGGAUUCCCAAACCUAACACUGUCAAACUGAUCCGCAUGGAUCUUCCUCUGGUUCCUGGCGAUAAGAUUCACUGUCUGGAUGUCCUGCUCGCUCUCACUGCACAGGUGUUGGGUGAUUCAGGAGCGAUGGAUUCCCUCAAAGCAAACAUGGAGGAGAAAUUCAUGGCCAACAACCCAUCCAAGGUGUCAUAUGAACCAAUCAGCAGCACCCUGAGGAGGAAGCAUGAAGAGGUGGCGGCGAUGGUUAUCCAGAGAGCGUACAGGAAACACCUCCUGCGGCGGACAGUCAAAGUGGCGUCCUACAAAUAUCGCAAGAAGACGAGGGGGCGACAAGAUGAGGAUUUGUCUCUGGAGACAAAAGGACUUGUGUUUAAACGGAUCAGUCAGCUGUACGGAGACAACCAGGACUCUGCUGAGUCAUUGGCUCAGGUGGAGCUUCAGAGUGAGUUUCUCCUUCACGCUGCUCCUCCAGUCACCGCCCCUAAGCUACUGCAAGAUGAGAACCUGAGAGAGUCGACCGUGUGAUGAGGCCUUGUGUUUAAUGUCUCUUCUCUUUUCUGCAUUGUGUGAACUCACCUGUUUCCUGUUGGCAGACCCACAACUAUUUAGCUUCAGAAUCAGGAGACUAAAGCUCAUCAGGCUGAAUAUGCAUCAGUUCUGUUCCUCUUAUCAAAAAUGUUUUAUAACUUUGUCCUCAUUUUCAUCUGAUACUUUUUAAUCAUUUUUCUUAACCUCUGUGUUUGAUUAUAGACUAGUAAUCUGUGGGUGUUGGCUUAAUGAUCAUAUUAAAGGGUUCUUAUUG